AUGCCCCUCCCCGCGCGAACCGCCUCAAUCACGCGCAUAACCAACGAGACCAAAAUCCAAAUCUCCUUGUCCCUAGACGGCGGCAUCCUGCCCCCCUACGAACCAUGCGCUCAUUUCCCAGCCCCGACGGACCCCGCUGAAGUCGAGGCCUCCAAGAAGGGCAUCAUCCCCAACAAAGCCGCCCCGCACGCCACACAAUUCACCCCGACGCAGCAAAUCACCAUUAACACUGGGAUCGGAUUCCUGGAUCAUAUGUUGCAUGCGUUGGCGAAGCAUGGAGGGUGGAGUUUGGCUGUGAGGGCUAAGGGAGAUCUUUUCAUCGACGAUCACCACACGACAGAAGAUACCUUCCUCGCGCUGGGUUCCGCGUUCACUGAAGCACUGGGUGCACGGCAAUCGCUGGCGCGGUUCGGACGGGGCGAUGCACCUCUGGACGAGGCGCUGUCGUGGGCGGUGAUUGAUCUGUCGAGUCGGCCGUGGGCGGUGAUCAACAUUGGGUUCCGGAGGGAGAAGAUCGGGGAUUUGAGUACGGAGAUGAUCACGCAUGGAUUGCAGAGUUUUGCCCAGGCGGCGGGAGUGACGCUGCAUGUGGGGUGCACCUAUGGUGAUAAUGAUCAUCAUCGGGCGGAGAGUGCGUUUAAGGCGUUGGCGGUAGCGAUUAGGACGGCGUGUACGAGGAGAGUGGAGGGAGAGGUUGGGGCGGGGGAUGUGUAUCUUGUUGGUGGAGGCGUCUAG